AUGUUACAAAUUGCAGACAUGAUGCACCAAAGAACUUGGGGAAUGUGUUUGGUCUGUGAGGGAAAGUUUACGUUUGAGAAUCCUCGAGACUUUGUAAGACAUCUUCGUUCUGAGCAUUGUACUAAAGAGGGAGGUUCGUUUGUGUGUCGUUACGGCCGGAAUGGUGUUUGCCCAUCACUGCCUGUGGAAGGAGUUAGUGAUGUUGAUUAUGAAGCUCACGUUGAAAAACACCAUGUUGGAACAUCAGUAAAGAAGGGUAAGUGAGCUUGACAUAAGUACUACCUCAAUUAUGUACCAUGUACAUGUACCAUAAUUACAUUAAUUAUGUACAUGUACCAAGGAUCCAUAUUGAGGUUGCCACAUAUAAGCUAAGAAAGAGCCAAAUAUAUAUCAUAGAGCUGCUCCGAUUAAAAAAAAUUGCGACAAGAUUGUGUUGAUCAAAACAUUGUGGGUCAAAUAUCAAAUCACUCACAGCAUGAAAAGUUACCAUAGUUGCAAAAAUAUCUAUAAAAGUUUCUUAAUUAGAAGAAUUUAUUACCAUUUGCGUCCAACAUUGUGGCGUGCAGACAUAAACCAAUUAUCCAUAAGAAUCUGAGUCUGGUCUGGCAAGUUCACUUAGGAGUGUCAAAGGUAAACAACUAAAGAAAACAUAUAAUACUAUUGUUUGUGGAAACACCACAUAAAUUUAUUUCUGCAAAGCGUUCGAUCCGUCAGGCGGCCCAAUCUUACCCUGUGUUAUUAAUUUAUUACGUUAUAUCUUUAUAUAAUAGUAUAUUGAAAAUCAUUAGAAAAUCCUGUGUUAUUAAUUUAUUACGUUAUAUCUUUAUAUAAUAGUAUAUUGAAAAUCACUUACAUGUCUUUCCUGAAAGAUUUUAACGAGAACCGGUCAAGAUUGGCGUUGACAUGAGGUUAACGGCCAUGGUUGGGGUUGACAUGAGGAUUAACAGGAGGAAAUAAUACAAGGCUGGUCACUUUGACCGUUAAUUGGACUAAUUGGGACAAACGCUGGCAGAAAUAAUCAAAUAAUGCGAACUCCGGCUGUCGCAUCGUCGCCAAAUUACGUUACAUCGGAAGAGAGAUAAUUUUUACAUAAUAUACUUUGCUUUAACAGAAUUGAACAAUAUCUUCCUGUAGAAAAUGCCGAAUUGAAACUUACAAAUGUCUAAUCUUCUGAGGUUUGUGACCGGUAUGAAUUCAUUGCUUUCAAAUUCGAAUUACACACUGCAUUGUCAUUGGUCGGCUUUCAAAACAACAGCAGGACAUUUCCGGUCAGAGAGCGAACGUUUGGGGAGUUAGCGAAUGGCCUGUGAGAAUGGCCUGUUGUUUUGAAAGCCGACCAAUGAUAAUGCAGCGUGUAAUUCGAAUUUGAAAGCCAUGAAUUCAUACCGGUCACAAACCUCAGAAGAUUAGACAUUUGUAAGUUUCAAUUCGGCAUUUUCUGCAGGAAGAUAUUGUUAAAUUCUGUUAAAGAAAAGUAUAUUAUGUAAAAAUUAUCGCUCUUCCGAUGUAACAUAAUUUGGCGACGAUGCGGCAGCCGAAGUUCGCGUUAUUCGAUUGAUUUCUGUCAGCGUUUGUCCCAAUUAAUCCAAAUUAACGGUCAAAGUGACCAGCUUUGUAUUAUUUCCUGCUGUUAAUCCUCAUGUCAACCCCAACUAUGGCUGUUAACCUCAUGUCAAUGCCAAUCUUGGCUGGUUCUCAUUAAAAUCUUUCAGGAAACACAUGUAAGUGAUUUUCAAUAACUAUUAUCGGCGCAAAAUAACGGCUGGAGGGUCGGCGGUCAAUGGACCGGCCAACUCAAUUUUAGCUCGGACAUACCGAAUUUCUGGCCGGUCAAAUUAUUCAGCUUCAAGCAAAAGCUAGUAAACUAUACCCCUAAAAAUGUGACCAUUUUCCCAGUAUAGCAGUACAAAAAGCCUUACUGUAAUCAGUAAUUAAAAAUUCCUUCCCAUAAAACAGCUUGUACAGGGCUAAAAGCAUGGUCUUAGCUCUGAAGCCAAAGGCAUGGCCAUGGCCCAUGGGCUUUGUGACGUACUGCCAAUGACGUACUGCGUGCGAAAACUUGUGUACAUUGAAGUUGUUUUCCUGCAAAAUAUUCGACAACAUGCAUGUUAUGGUUCUUAAUUAUAAUACUGUACUUGACCACUUUAUUUUGAUUAUUAUUAUAAAAUGAAGAUUAGUUUGUUCUUUUACCUAAAGUGGCCGGUCAAAAUGACCGGCAAGGUAAGAAUUUGACCGGACAACUCCGCAUUCUGGUGAUCUGGUCGGACAUUGUCUGUUGACCGGCUGUUAUUUCGCGCCCUGAAAUUGUAAUCCUGAAUUCCUGUAAAUGUAAAAUAGGAUUAAAAUAGUGUAUUUUAUUCUAUUUUGCAAAUUAGGGAAAGUAAAUAGGUUUAAAAUAGUAUAUUUUAUCCCUAUUUGAAAAAUGUGGCAUUUUUAAAAUGUGAAAUAAGUUUAAAAUAGUCUAUUUUAUUCUGUUUUACGUAUUCUGAAAAAUAAAUAGCUUUAAAACACUAUAUUUUAUAUCUAUUUUAAUUUAUGUAAUUUUCUGCACGUGCGAAAUAUGUUUAAAAUAGUCUAUUUUAUUGUUAUUUUACUAACUAUGAAGGAAAGAUAGGAUUAAAAUAGUAUAUUUUAUUCCUGUUUGAAAUUUGUGCAUUUAACUUGCAAUGUAAAAUAGGAUUUAAACAGCCUAUUUUAUUUUAUGAGUUUAAAAAUAGUAUAUUUUAUAUCUUUUUUAAUUUCUAACUGCUUUUUAGUGAAGUAAAAUAGAAUUUAAAUAGGCUAUUUUAAACCUAUUUUUUCCCUGAAGCUCUGGAAAAUAGUAUUAAAAUAUGCGAUUUUAUUUCUAUUAUCUAUAAAAAUAGGAAUAAAAUAAAAUAAAACAUUAAUAAAAUAUGGCUCUUUCUUUUGGUGAAAUAUUAUGAUAGAAUUAAAUAGGGUUGCUUCUGAAUAAAACAGCAUAAAAAUAGGGAUGAUAGUAAUAAAAUAGUUUUAAAAUAGCAAUAUAAUAUAGUUAUUUUCGCAAAGGUUGUAUACUAAACUUGUAAGGUGAGUUUGUAAUAUUAAAAUAUGCAAAAUAAACAUUUUCCAGCUAGUAGCAGAUUAUUAGCUUGAAUAGCGUAACGUAAAUGAUUGUCUAGUAAAAUAUCAGCAGGAACGCUUGAAUGUCAUUUGCAUAUGCCUCAGUAAUUAACAAUGCAACGCUUAACCAGAAGGUUAACCGUGGCCAUAAAUGUUAGAAAUUAUUGCAGGCAGCACUUUGGGACGAUAAAUUUUGUAGUUUUUCUAUUUAUUAGACAUGAAUGAACUUCCUUUUAAAUGUUUACAUCGUAAUUAUGGUUACCAUUUGCUUAUUUGGGCUUUUAAGCACGGUUCACCAUACUAUUGAUAAAUUUUUGAUGUCUUUAAUAGCUUUUGAAACAAGCGGUUAACCGUAGCUGAACAUCGCAUUUCUGCACAAUUGGCAGUUGUGAUAACUUGAUCUUCUCUGAUACAAUCCUGCAUUUUCUGGAAAUGUCAAAAAUGCUACAAUGUCUACACAAGUAUGCCAGCAAACAUAAACUUUCCCAUUAUUGUCGGAGGUUAACCGACACGGUUAACCAUGGUUAACCGUUCCGCGUGAUGUGAAUCCAGAGGUAGAUAUUCGCCCCAAAGCACGAUAUAAGGUUAUUUAAUACGAACUAUAGAGUUAGCAAGCAGAAGAUGUACAAUUAAUUUGUCUAAUGUAUUUUUUCACUAAGCCUUCUGCUUAACUUUAAAUUUAUGUACUACUGCAUAUGCAUGUUGGUUGCAUCAAAAGCACUUGCAAAUCUAUCUGGUUAAAUUGACAUAUAGUGUUGAUCAGUGUUUUUUGGUUAUAAAAGCACAUAUAGUCGAAAAAAUGAUGUUUUUGUCUCGCUUUGAAGCUUAAAAAUCUCGGGUAAAAGGAAUAUACAUUGUGAACCGUAAAACCCUCAGCAGGUGAUUGCAUUUUAACGGGGGAAACUGCAAUUUAUUGGAGACAAUCAUGGACAAAAGUGUUAAUAAAAUCGAUCGACAUUUUAGGAAAAUACAAUCAAAUGACUUCAUAUAGGUCCCCACCUUCCACUCCCCCACUCAAUGUUGCCAUGACUUUCCUCUCAUUUUAAACGUAGUUCAACAACAUUGUGUUGGGGGAGCGGGGGAUGUUUUAGACAAACUACAGGAAUUAAACUACAAUUUAAACUCUCACAAAGGCAAAUUAAAAUUUUAUUAACAAGUUAUGUCCACGAUUGCAGCAAUAUUUGAUGCUAGGCUCUGGAUUGAAAUAUUGAAAUAUGACUUGAAUGUGCUGAUGAAGGCAACUUUGCUUGGGCUUUACGGUGCGAGGAAGGGCAGCGAUACCGAGAUAUCGGAGAGACUGAAGUCCUUGUUCAGCGAUGCCAAAACAUUGAAGAGUUCUCGGCAAGGCUACGCGAAAUGUUUUGGAUCUUUGGGACUGCGAAUAUACCAUGAUAUAAAUAUUAACCAUUUUUGACAAAUGAUAAACAUAAGACCGGAUUUUAAUGAGAUCAUCUCUGCAAUUAGGACAAAACGAUGCUUUCUGGAGUAGUAAAGCAUACUCUUCUACUGAUAGGGAAAAAUCGGCCACUGUUUGGCACUAUUGGCUUUCCACGGUAAUCGUUUGGCAUGGCGAACUCAAAGUGAUUGUUAUUGUAUUAUAUUUUUGACUGUUUGUUACUGUUUCUAGGGUUUGUAGAACUUCAAUACUUUGAAGUCGAUCAUUCUGGAGUGACCAACUAUAAUAUAAUACAGUAG